CCUGGUGUUUCCAAAACAGCCAAUGCAUCUGGAUAGACGGCAUUCGAACCGAGGAAGAAGACUUCCCCGUCCCGAAUGUCAGUCUUGGUUCUUUCCACAUCGUCCAGUCGAGACUCUCCUCCUCGACGUCUCGGUCGUCAUCGAUCAGCAACAUGGCUGUCAAACUCCUGGCAAGGCGUGGCAAGAGACCAAUGAUCAUCUUCAAAACAGUAAGCGUUGCCUUGAAUCGCCUCAGGCCAAGCUGCCGCCUUGCCCAGCCUUACGUGUUAGCUUUCCCUACCCUUCGAUUCCAUGAAAUCGCCCAAUGUUCUGACGGCAAAGUCUUGUUGCGAGGGGUGACCGAUGACCCUGGAGGAGCAGUAAGACCCCUUCAAAUAUGCCGUGAAACCAGGAAAGCUUUCUCUUCCUCUUUUUCGCUCGUUCUUGCAAAAACUAAUCAUCUGCUCCUGCCUGGCCAUCUGUCAAUACUCACUUGAACAUCUCUCCUUGCAACAAUGUUGUUCACAUCAGUGGCUCUUGCUGCUCUGGCUGGCACUGCUGUCUCGCAGCAGUUGACUUCGGUCCUCCAGAAUGCGACCGAGCUGUCGAACCUCACUACCUAUCUGGGACUGUUCCCUGAUUUCACUCAGACCCUCUCAGGCUUGCAGAAUAUCACUCUCCUCGCCCCCAACAACCAGGCAUUUGCAAAGUUCCUCAACUCAUCGGCUGGGGCUGCACUUGCGCAGAAUGACACCUCGAUGAUCCAAGCUGUCUUCAGCUACCAUGUGUUGAAUGGCACGUACAACAACUUCGACAACGUCAGCUUCGUCCGAACAAUGCUGCAACCUACUCAAUAUGCCAACGUCACAGGCGGCCAAGCGGUGGGCUUGUACGACGAGGAUGACGAGGAGUUCAUCGCUUCGGGCCUGCUGUCCAGAGCCAACCUCACUGGCACAUCCCUGAACUUUACUGGUGGAGUGGUCCAUGUCAUCGACAGCGUCCUCAUCAUCCCACAAAACAUCUCCGAGACUGCUGUGGAACUCAACCUCACCGCUGCUGUCGGUGCCCUCACCAACACGAGUCUCGCCGAAACGGUUGAUCACAUGACUGAUGUCACCUGCUUUAUUCCUAAUAACGCAGCUUUCCGAGCGAUUGGUUCUGCUCUGCCGAAUUUGACCAUGGAACAAUUGACAUCAAUUCUCCAAUAUCAUGUCGUCGAGGGUGUGGUCGGAUACAGCACUGAUCUUCAAAACGGAACGUCGUUGAAGACCGCCCAAGGCAACAACGUGACUGUCACGGUCGACGAUGGUGACGUCUUUGUCAACAGUGCCAAGGUUGUCAUACCAGAUGUUCUGGUUGCCAAUGGUGUGGUUCAUGUCAUUGACAACGUUCUCAACCCAGAGAAUGCAACGUCCACGUCAGAGCCAGACGACCGCGAGUCGGGCUCGCCUGCAUUCAGCGGCGCCAGCUCUGCCAGUGAUGUGCCGUACACUUCUGGAGUUCGAACUCCCACCAGCACUGUUGCUACCGAGUCAGCUCCAGGGGCCACAGCUGCCUCUUCCAGUAGCAGCAGUGGUGUUGCGGCCAUGCCAAUGAAGACUGGAGCCGUUGGCGCUGCAGCUUUAUUUGGCGGUGCGGCAUUGGUCAUGAAUAUGUAAUGUUCAGGAGAUGGUGGAGAGAUUAACGAAGGAUGCGGGAUUGACGUGGCACCAUGAGAGAUGAGGUUAGUUUAGUGUAGGCGGUAUCCGUACCGUAUGGCGAUGGCCCAUGGGAGGCCCGGGCCAUGGUGUAAGGAGAAGUCUAGAAGUCCCCCAACAAGUACUCCGUAUCUAGGUAUUUACUGUUAAGUACUAGGUACUCCAUACAAUACAAAAGUUGCCAUAUUUAAUUGGAG